AUGCCUAUCGCCAAAGCUAGAGGAGCUGCUGCGCAGCCUGUAACCCCUCGCAAACGAAAGACGGGCACGGAAGAUGCACCAACGCCAGAGACUCGAGGAAAAGGCAAGGCCAGAGGUCCGCCGACUCCCAACCCCCCUCUUGCGCCGUUUCCUACCCCACCUUCGAGCCGUCAAAGAACCGAUGAUAUCCCUCUUCCUUCGAACGAGCAUUUCUUCCACCCUCCUGAGCCGAGCCUGUCUGCCUCGACACCCGCUCAGGACAUCAUCGAGCAGCAUAAAAUCCUUCCGCCCUCCUUAGAAACUUUGAUGAAGCUCCAUCAUGCGUUCAACCUAGCCCUUUCUCUUCACUUUGCAACUCAUCCUCCGGUCCUUCCGCCCCAUUCGGUAUCUGCAACGAAGCUCGAGUUGCCCAACCUGACCAAUUUCUUGGCCAUAAAAGGGACAGUAGAGCGUACAGGGGGCAGACGUUUCGGCCUGCCUGAGCUCGGCAGACUUGCGUGGCUUUGGACGUGGGACGGAGAUCAGAUUCCAGGGAAAGAUCUAGUCUCCGUUAAAGAGCGAGAAGCGAGGGAAGCUCAAGAGCCGAGAUCAUCAAAGAAGGAUUCUGAGAAUCCUUUCCUCGUCUCAGAUCCUGAAGCGGAAGACAGACAAACCAUCUCAGGGCUCAGCUACCUCAUUACACCGACACGCACCCUCGACCCAAGUAGUGGACGCAGAGUUCACACGUAUGGUAUUGGAAUCGAGUUGGAUUUGAAACCUGGCGAGACUCGAAAUCUGCUGAGUGAACUUGAAGGGUCGGGAUCUCGAGGGCAAGGCGGUGGCGCGGGAGCCAUAAGUCGAUGGAAUGGUAGUGGAGACGUGAGGGAGAAGGAGGUUCGAAGGAGGCUAGAAAAAUGGGUAGAUUUGCACGGAGGAUACGAGUCGCCUGCUCAGGCCGACCUGCCAACACCUCAGACUACCUCUAAUCAGCGCUCAAGCAUCCCUCCGAUACCUCUGCUCCCUUUACCUAAACUACCCACUGCUACCCUUCUACCAGCUGCCAAUCUAUUUGCAAAUACGCCGGUACCUUCCACCUCCUCUUCCCGAGCGCCCGCGCCAAUGCCGUCCGGACUCGCGGAUCCCUUUGUCAUCGAUGACACGGACAAGAAGACCAAAGUUGUACGGAAUGGAUCUGUCGAGGAACGUCGUAAAGCAAUGAUGGAUAGGAUCAAAGCUCGUGCCGGCACGGGUCGUCAACCAACUUUAGGAUCAUCCGUCGGACAGCUCAACAGUAUCCGACCCCGAGCCACACCUCUCGCUCAGAUCGAAGAGCUCAAACGUCGAAGUACCCUAAGUCGGCUCGAGAGCGUAGCUGAGGGAGUCUGGAUGAUGUUCUCUGCUCCAUCUCCUGGACCCAACACCUUACCAACGCCGCCUCGAGGGAGACGGAAAGCUAUACCGAUGCUAGAGGUCGCAGACGUCAUAGUGAAAUCCUCCAAGACGCCCAUCUCCCAAGCAGAGGCGCAGGACUCUAUCAAGAUGCUCACCGAGCUCUGCCCGUUCUUCUUGACCAUCAAGGUCGUCGCGAAGCAGGACUGGGUGGAAAUGCCAAGUGCAUUCUUAGCUACUUGUCCUGCUUCCCCUGGGUCGAGCUCGUUAUCUAGAUUCAGCAAGCAAGCCUUUCCGAGCCCAUCCAGUCGUACACCGGAUGCUCCGACCUCGCCAAGUCACCGUCGACCCAUCAAGACGGCUGAACCUGUAUCACCUAGUCCCGGAAGCAGAACCACAAUGGACCCCCAAUCGCCUACCUCUCCGACAUCUCGUCCAUAUCGAGCGGUCACCCCUCCCCCUCACGAACGAGGUCAGACUAUGGCUCCGCGUCCUCCGGUGUCACCGAUAUUCAACCAGUAUUCGAUGACAGGCUCAUCUCCACAUUCUGCAAGUAAGGCAUUGCUUGCUGGCGCUGCCAGCCCUGGUCGUGUGCACCGGUAUGGUGGCUUGAGGCAAGUUAGAGAGAGAAUACGGAGGGAGCUCGGCGAGUGA